UCCCAGAACUGGAAGCGAAACAGCCUCCCUGAUAAUCCAUCUUGAAAGUAUCCCACGAUUGAAAACAUCGCACCAACAGAAAUGUGCUCCAGCCAUAUCUCAUUUACGCGAUUAUGAAUAGUUUUUGAGUGCUCUGAAGGAUGACCAAUCAUUCAAAGAGUACAGGUCAUUUCCCAUGUUGGCCUUAGCUUUUGCAGAGACUAACGAAACCGCAUUCCUCCAUCCAAAGAGGAAGCCAACAACGAUGUCUGUGAUCUUCAACACAAACCACAAGAUAUGCCAAGCUCUAGCAAAAAAACUUAUAAUCUGUCUCUUCAAAGUUUGAGUUCAGUCCCGUCUUUUGUUGAGAGCAAUCGCAACAUUUUGUUGUUCCUGAUCUUUUCAAAUGGCCGGUCUGAGUGUGUUGUGUGGUCGCGUGGCUGCUUAAGCUCGAAGACAUGAAGCCAGAGGAGAAAUUGCAAAUUCAUCUCUAAACAUUUGCCCUCUUCUGCCACCUUCACUCGUGGGACCAAUAAAUGUAAGCGAAGAAGUUUACGACAUGAACUUCAUUGAAAGGAACGUGGGGAAACAUGUGGCCCUGGGUGGACGAUAUUCUCCUCAAGGCUGCGUGGCACGCCACAAAGUUGCUAUUGUGAUUCCAUAUCGCAAUCGACCAACUCAUUUACCUCUCUUCCUUCAACAUAUGCAUCCAUUCCUUCAGCGCCAGCAACUAGAUUACGGGAUUUACGUGGUAAAUCAGGNGGAUUCAAAUGACUUUAACCGUGCGAUGUUAUUCAACGUUGGAUUUGCUGAGGCAAUAAAAGACGCUAAUUGGGAUUGCUAUAUAUUUCAUGACGUGGAUCUUUUACCAGAAGACGACAGGAAUCUGUAUACUUGCCCUGAAAUUCCUCGACACAUGUCAGUGGCUGUGAGCACCAAGAAGUAUAUACUUCCUUAUUUCAGAAUGUUUGGCGGAGUAGUGGCACUUACAAAAUCUCACUUAUUUAAGGUCAACGGGUUUUCUAACCAGUUUUGGGGCUGGGGAGGUGAGGAUGAUGACAUGGCAAAUCGGAUAUUUCAUUUUGGGAUGAACAUCUCACGAUAUAGUGAAGAAAUUGCCAGAUACAAGAUGUCAAAACAUAAGAAAGAGAAGCCUAGUAAGACUCGAUUUCAAUCCUUAUCGAGAGGACGAAGAAGCUUCAACACGGACGGAUUCAAUAAUCUCAAUUACCGGUUGAUGAGUAAAGACCUUGUUCCUCUUUGGACAAAUCUUGAUGUAAUUUUGGAUCGCGUUGAGCCUGCCCUCAAGGUCUAAGCCGGCCAAGAUUCAACGAUUAUUUCUCGACAUUUACCUUCUAGAUUUGAUUAUGUCUGCGUUGUUCUUAUUGCUUUUAUGUGAAAUUAAAAUAUGGCCCCGUUACUGCCCGUA